UCUUUCUCUCAGCUAGUGCCUUGCAAUUGCCUCAAUUCUCUUCUCUUCAUUUGUGUGAAACCAUGAACUUGCCAACAUGGAAGUUCAAUACCAUGGCAUUGGCUGUGUUUUUGCUUCAUCUGAGUUUCUCCUUGAAGGUGUUCUGUUUCUCUUCUGAUGCAGAUAGAAUUGUUGAGCUUCCUGGGCAACCCCACAUAGGAUUCCAACAGUUCUCAGGAUAUGUCACUGUGGAUGACAUGAAACACAAGUCUCUUUUUUACUAUUUUGCUGAAUCAGAAACUGAUCCAGCUUCAAAACCUCUUGUUCUCUGGCUCAAUGGAGGACCUGGUUGUUCUUCUCUUGGAGUUGGUGCAUUCUCUGAAAAUGGACCCUUUAGACCAAAUGGGGAGUUUUUGAUUCAAAAUGAGCAUAGUUGGAAUAUAGAGGCAAACAUGCUGUAUUUGGAGACACCAGUUGGAGUGGGGUUCUCAUAUGCUAGAGGUAGUUCCUCCUAUAUGACAGUGAAUGAUGAGGUAACAGCCAGGGACAAUGUUGUAUUCCUGGAACGCUGGUUCAACAAGUUCCCACAAUACAGGAAUAGAGAUUUGUUUCUAACUGGGGAAAGUUAUGCAGGUCAUUAUGUUCCUCAACUUGCAAAUCUCAUGAUUGAAAUGAACAAAAAGAACAAGAUAUUCAAUCUGAAAGGCAUAGCUUUGGGUAAUCCAGUUCUAGAAUAUGCCACUGACUUCAAUUCAAGGGCUGAGUUCUUCUGGUCUCAUGGACUAAUAUCAGAUUCAACAUAUAACAUGUUCACUAGAGUGUGUAAUUAUUCUCGGUAUGUUAGUGAGUACUAUAGAGACUCAGUUUCACCUCUUUGCUCAAAGGUUAUGGGACAGGUGAGCAAAGAAACCAGUAAAUUUGUGGACAAAUAUGAUGUCACCCUUGAUGUUUGCAUUUCCUCAGUGUUAUCACAAUCGAAGGUUAUUUCUCCUCAAACACAUCAAGCAAAUGAGAGGAUAGAUGUGUGCGUAGAUGACAAGGUUACAAACUACUUAAACCGUAGAGAUGUACAAGAGGCACUUCAUGCAAAGCUUGUUGGAGUUCGCAAGUGGGAUGUUUGCAGCAACGUCUUGGACUAUGAUAUGCUCAACCUGGAAGUGCCUACACUCCCAAUUGUUGGAUUACUGAUAAAAUCUGGAGUUCGGGUCUUAAUUUACAGUGGAGAUCAAGAUUCAGUAAUUCCAUUGACCGGAAGCCGCACCUUAGUUCAAAAGUUGGCAACAAAAUUAGGACUGAAUACAACAGUCCCUUACAGAGUAUGGUUUGAAGGCCAGCAGGUUGGUGGGUGGACUCAAGUUUAUGGCAGCAUCCUUUCAUUUGCCACUGUUAGAGGUGCCUCUCAUGAAGCCCCAUUCUCUCAGCCUGAAAGAUCAUUUGUGCUGUUCAAGUCAUUCUUGGAAGGAAGGCCUUUACCUGAAGUUUUCUGAUUCACUCUCUUUUUGAAUUUUCUCAUUUAAUUGAGGUUGUAAUUAAGCAUUAUCCUUUAGUACUAUGUCAAGUAAAGGAAUGUGUAUUAACUGUGCAGAAUGUCAAAAGAAAAGUUGGAAAAGUUCUUUUUUUUUUCCUUUCCCUUUUGGGUUUUAAACCUUUGUAAGUGAGUUUUUGGGUGCUUUUGCUUGUUUUUGGGCUGUAAAAUGUAAUAUAGAUUAUGAGUUAUUUUAUUCAUUAACACUUUUCUACAA